UCUACAACAAAUGUGGGAAAGAAUUUGUGAGUAAUGAGCUAUUCUGCCGUCGAUGUGGAACAUUAAAGAGACCUGAACAUACACGUACAAAAGCCAAAGGGUCACGAACGUUUAUUGCCUUCUGUCAUAAUAUUGGAGUCUGAUACACAAUCAGUCCUUGCUGAAAACAAUUUCGACAAAACCUCCGAUCAUCUCUUAAAAAAGGGGAGAAUCUCUUAAACACAUUCAGGAAAGGUCAGAAAAAGCUGCUUAACCCAGCAUACGGCCCCACGAGAUCCAAAAUGGAAAAAGAAACGAAGAGAAAGCGCGGCGUUCAUUUAAUAACUUGCUUGUUGAUUGAGUAAGAAUGGGCCGAAUGAUAAUUAUUUGGUUUUUAGUUUUAAAGUCAUGAAUUUGAGCCGAGCAAUUUACCAUACGAUUCUCCCCGGUAAGGUCUGUAUUCUACGUAGAUCCACUUGCAAAUUACUUUGGUUUUUCGGGGAAAAAGAUAGGUCCUUGUCCGGGAAACUCCUGCCCAACAUGGACCGUGGAGUAGUGACGUUAUCGCCGGAAAUAUAUAUCUAGGGUCAAUAUUGCAUUAUGCUAUUGUUUUUUCUUUUAUUGCAUCAUUAUUUAUUAGAUCUGGUUCUAACAGAUUGCGUGACUACUUCUCAAAGUAAUCCGACUGACGCAGCAAACUUAGCAUUGAAAGAGUUUCAGCCCAAAGAUGGCGUUGCUUGCUUUGCUUUUACUAUCAUUGACGGUCAAUUCGGCUUUUUCAGCUCGAAUUGUUGCCUUUUGCACGAUAGGAAAAUCACAAUACAUGAACCUAAGGAGUAUUCUGGAAGAAAUGGCUUCUCGAGGACACGAGGUAACAAUGGUCAUUCCGUCGACUGAGAAAGUUCAGCUCAGUGACCGAGUACAACACAAGAUUUUCAAAGUACCGUAUAAGCCUGGCUUCUUGGAAAAUGAUAUGCUAAAGCUCGAACUGGAAGGUGACAAGUUUCGGCUUGUGUCCAAACUGAUGGAGGUAAUAUCCACCGUGUGCGAUAGUGUUUUAAACGAUACAAAGAUUAUGGAGGAACUUAGGGGCUAUGAUCUUCUUGUGUACGAUGUGCUUGGAGUAUGUGGUGCCCUUAUUGGUGACCGCCUUGGCAUUCCAAGGGUACAGAUUUUUGCGAGUCCUAAUAGCCCUUUUGAUCAUAUGAUACCUACACCUCUUUCCUACAUCCCUUUGAUGGUGCUUCCGGGGUUCACGGACAAAAUGACAUUUUUGCAACGAGUUACCAAUGUAGUCGUGUACAUUGGACUAAGUUUCUGUAAAGAUCUGAUAUUGGCAAGGCCAAUGAAUGCCUUGAAACUCAAAUACAACAUUACAACUGAUAAGAGCUUCCAGGAGACUGUCGAUGGUGUGGAACUUGUUUUAAUCA